UGGCUCUUGCUCACCAGAGCCUCACAAAGAUAAUCGCUCAGGAAGUGUUUCAGCCAAUCCCGGGCCGCCUUACACUCCGAUUUGCCGGGCCAGCCAAUCGGGGAUGAGCUCUUAUUAGGCGGCCAGAUCAUCAAGCCGAAGUGCCAAACCCUUUUUCUGUGAGAACUAGGAGCCUGUCCUCCAUGUUUUAUAAGUAUUGACAUUACACAGUGUUAACAAUGCAUCCACAGAGUCCCAAAUCUGCCAGCCUGUUCUCUCUUCUUAACUGUGGAAAAAUGAGACGGUUGCUUGAACAUGUUGGCUUGGCCGAGGAGGAAAUCAAAACAGAACAGGAGGUGGUAGAGGGCAUGGAUAUCUCUACUCGCUCCAAAGAUCCUGGCUCCGCCGACAGAACAGCCCCGAAAAGAAAGUUCCCCAGCCCUCCGCAUUCUUCCAAUGGCCACUCGCCACAGGACACAUCCACAAGCCCCAUUAAAAAGAAAAAGAAACCCGGCUUACUGAACAGUAACAAUAAGGAGCAGUCAGAACUAAGACAUGGUCCGUUUUACUAUAUGAAGCAGCCACUCACCACAGACCCUGUUGAUGUUGUACCGCAGGAUGGACGGAAUGAUUUCUACUGCUGGGUUUGUCACCGGGAAGGCCAAGUCCUUUGCUGUGAGCUCUGUCCCCGGGUUUAUCACGCUAAGUGUCUGAGACUGACAUCGGAACCAGAGGGGGACUGGUUUUGUCCUGAAUGUGAGAAGAUUACAGUAGCAGAAUGCAUCGAGACCCAGAGCAAAGCUAUGACAAUGCUCACCAUCGAACAGUUGUCCUACCUGCUCAAGUUUGCCAUUCAGAAAAUGAAACAGCCAGGGACAGAUGCAUUCCAGAAGCCUGUUCCGUUGGAACAGCAUCCCGACUACGCAGAAUACAUCUUCCACCCCAUGGACCUUUGUACAUUGGAAAAGAACGCUAAGAAGAAAAUGUAUGGCUGCACAGAAGCCUUCCUGGCUGAUGCCAAGUGGAUUUUGCACAACUGCAUCAUUUAUAAUGGGGGAAAUCACAAAUUGACGCAAAUAGCGAAAAUAGUCAUCAAAAUCUGUGAGCAUGAGAUGAAUGAAAUCGAAGUAUGUCCAGAGUGUUACUUAGCUGCUUGCCAAAAACGCGAUAACUGGUUUUGCGAGCCUUGUAGCAAUCCACAUCCCUUGGUCUGGGCAAAACUGAAGGGGUUCCCAUUCUGGCCGGCCAAAGCUCUGAGGGAUAAAGACGGGCAGGUGGAUGCCCGGUUCUUUGGACAACACGACAGGAACCCAGGCCGUCCAGAGUCAGGAGGCGAAAUGGAAGUUAGCCGAGAUGAUCGUGGGUUUGAUAGGAGGAACAGAAACAGUCAUUUUCCAGAAAUCACUUGCCAAGCAACUUCAUUGAAGGCACUUAAGAACCUGGGAAGAAACAGAGCCUGGGUUCCAAUAAAUAAUUGCUACCUCAUGUCUAAAGAAAUUCCUUUUUCUGUGAAAAAGACUAAAAGCAUCUUCAACAGUGCAAUGCAGGAGAUGGAGGUUUAUGUGGAGAACAUUCGCAGGAAGUUUGGGGUUUUUAAUUACUCUCCGUUCAGGACACCCUACACGCCCAACAGCCAGUACCAAAUGCUGCUCGACCCUAGCAACCCGAGCGCUGGUGCCGCCAAGAUAGACAAGCAGGAGAAGGUCAAGCUCAACUUUGACAUGACGGCGUCCCCCAAGAUCCUGAUGAGCAAGCCCAUGCUGAGCGGGGGCACCGGCCGCAGGAUCUCCUUGUCGGACAUGCCGCGCUCCCCCAUGAGUACAAACUCGUCCGUGCACACGGGCUCCGACGUGGAGCAGGACCCCGACAAGAAGGCCAUGUCCAGCCACUUCAGCGCAAGCGAGGAGUCCAUGGACUUCCUGGACAAGAGCACAGCGUCGCCGGCCUCCAUGAAGACGGGCCAAGCGGGGAGUUUAUCCGGCAGCCCGAAACCUUUCUCUCCUCAAGCGUCCACGCCAAUCACAACGAAAGCAGACAAGACGGCCACCACCGGAAGCAUCCUGAACCUUAACCUGGAUCGAAGCAAGGCCGAGAUGGACUUGAAGGAGCUGAGCGAGUCCGUCCAGCAGCAGGCUGCCCCCGUGCCUCUCAUCUCUCCCAAGCGGCAGAUCCGCAGCAGGUUCCAGCUCAAUCUUGACAAGACGAUAGAGAGUUGCAAAGCACAACUAGGCAUAAAUGAAAUCUCGGAAGAUGUUUACACGGCGGUAGAGCACAGCGAUUCGGAGGAUUCUGAGAAGUCGGACAGUAGCGAUAGUGAGUAUAUCAGUGAUGACGAGCAGAAGUCCAAGAAUGAGCCGGAAGACGUGGAAGACAAGGAGAGCGCUCAGGUGGACAAAGAGCUGUCUGCUGUCAAAACAAAGCCCAAGCUGGCCAGCCCGGUGGAGAUUAAAGAGGAGCUAAAAAGCGCUUCGCCCCCCAGCGAGAAAGCAGACCCAGGCUCAGUCAAGGAAAAGGCGAGCCCCCCGCCCGAGAAGGACUUCUCCGAGAAAGCCAAACCCUCGCCUCACCCCACAAAGGAUAAGCUGAAGGGGAAAGAUGAGACGGAUUCCCCAACGGUCCACUUGGGCCUAGACUCUGACUCGGAGAGCGAACUUGUCAUAGAUUUAGGAGAAGACCAUUCUGGGCGGGAGGGUCGGAAAAACAAGAAGGAACCCAAAGAACCAUCUCCCAAGCAGGAUGUGACUCUAGUUGUAGCUAAAGCUCCACCACUGUCCACUACGGCCGGCAGCCAGUCUCCCCCCGAAACACCGGUCCUCACCCGCGCGUCCUCCCAAACUCCCACAGCUGGUGUCGCGGCCACCACCAGCACCACGUCCACGGUCACGGUCCCGGCGGCCACCGCCACCGCCACCAUCACGGGAAGCCCAGUGAAAAAGCAGAGGCCGCUUUUACCGAAGGAGACUGCCCCGGCCGUGCAGCGGGUCGUGUGGAACUCCUCAAGUAAGUUUCAAACGUCCUCCCAAAAGUGGCACAUGCAGAAGAUGCAGCGCCAGCAGCAGCAGCAGCAGCAGCAGCAAAGCCAGCAGCAGCAGCCUCAGUCUUCCCAGGGGACGCGAUAUCAGACCAGACAGGCUGUGAAAGCUGUCCAGCAGAAGGAGAUCACGCAGAGCCCGUCCACCUCCACCAUCACCCUGGUGACCAGCACUCAGUCGUCACCCCUGGUCACCAGCUCAGGGGCCACGAGCACCCUGGCCUCUUCAAUCAACGCAGACCUUCCCAUCGCCACUGCCUCGGCCGACGUCGCCGCGGACAUCGCCAAGUACACUAGCAAAAUGAUGGAUGCAAUCAAAGGAACGAUGACAGAAAUAUAUAAUGACCUUUCCAAAAACACUACUGGAAGCACAAUAGCUGAGAUUCGCAGGCUGAGGAUUGAGAUCGAGAAGCUUCAGUGGCUGCACCAGCAGGAGCUCUCCGAGAUGAAACACAACUUGGAGCUGACCAUGGCGGAGAUGCGGCAGAGCCUGGAGCAGGAGCGGGACCGGCUCAUCGCCGAGGUGAAGAAGCAGCUGGAGCAGGAGAAGCAGCAGGCGGUGGACGAGACCAAGAAGAAGCAGUGGUGCGCCAGCUGCAAGAAAGAGGCCAUUUUCUACUGCUGCUGGAACACCAGCUACUGCGACUACCCCUGCCAGCAGGCCCACUGGCCCGAGCACAUGAAGUCCUGCACCCAGUCAGCUACCGCCCCUCAGCAGGAAGCGGAUUCCGAGUCGAACACAGAAACACUAAACAAGUCCUCCCAGGGGUCCUCCUCCAGCACACAGGCCGCCCCUUCAGACACAGCCAGCGCCUCGAAAGAGAAGGAGACAUCUGCUGAGAAGAGCAAGGACAGCGGCUCGACCCUCGACCUUUCUGGCUCCAGGGAGACGCCCUCCUCCAUUCUCUUAGGCUCCAACCAAGGCUCUGUUAGCAACAACCUGCCUCUGCCCCAACCGCCACAGACCACCAGCCGCACCCCACCUGCCCGGCCCAGAAGUACCAUUCCCGGGGCAGCAAGUCCGGCGGCUGGAGCGGCAGCGAUGAGAAGCGAGGAUCGUCGCGUUCCGAGCACAACGCCAGCGCCAGCUCGAAGAGUCUCCUCCCGAAAGAGUCUCGGCUGGACGCCUUGUGGGACUAGGGACAAGCCGCGCCACCAGCCGCCCGCCCCCCGGAGGAAGAAGGCCGACCCCGGGCCGCCAGGGAACGGCGCGGAGACGUGAGGGGGAGACCACCCCCUCCGGACCCGAGGGCUCCACACAGACCCGGCCUUUCUUCCCACCGAGGGUCCCACACUACACGCGUCCCCCACGAGCUCCGAGGACCGUCCACCCACAUGAACUCACGCUUUAGGUGUAAAUAAUGUACAAUUUGUGGAUGUCACUGAACUUAGAGUACCUUCCCCUUUUUAUAUUUGUAUUGACUUUAACUUAUAAAAAAAAAAAAAAAAAAAAGAAAAAGAAAAAAGAAAAGCGAUUAGAAAAACACACCCAACAACACAAAGGAUGUUCUGGUGUUGGAAGGGGUGGUCCGGGGCCCGUCCGUCUGGAGGCGGCACCGGGAUGGUGAGUUCUGGCAGAUUCUGUGCUGCCGUGGGCACAUCCCAUCAAGCCAUCGCCCCUUCCCGACACCGCGCUGCUGCUUCAUCAGAUGCAAGCUCUCUGGGCCCGGAGGACGCAGAAGGACACGGGCAGGAGCUCGUUUCUGUGGCGUGACCGACGCGGUGACUCUCCUCCUAAAAGGGAAAACCCAGUGUCCUUGUUUACAGACGAGAAGCAGAAACCAGCCCCACUCAGCCCAGCGCAGGAGAGAAGAACACCGGGCGUUUCGCGUCCUCGGAACCGAGAGAAACCUCUCCUGUGCGUUGUGGCUCCUUCCGACACACUCACACGCUGGGGGAGAGAGAUCCUGUGCUUUGCGGCAGGGAGGACGGAGGCCGGGCGCACGCGGAGGACAGUCGAGCCUGGGAUGAAGCAUGUCUGUAGUAUUUAUACGAGGGGAUUUUACGUUUUUAUGUAAGCAUGAAACCAAGGCAGUGUGAGAGGGCACGCCCGCCAUGCUGUCUGUUACACUACGAACGCUGUGGCUCCAUUUUGUCUGUUGUGUAAAACAAAAGGCGUUGAGCAAGCGGAGGGGGAUGUCUGUAUAUGAGGAAAUUAAUUGUACGAUAUCAUUCCAGCCCAUCUCGUUGUACAUUUUAGUCUCGUUUACUUUCUCUUCGUUGUUGAUAAGAGGAUGCGGACUGUACAGUUUCCAGCUAGUUACCCGUAUUAGAGAAGAAGUAAGAAGGGAGUAUUAGAAGAAAACAGGAGAGAAAGAACAUUUGUGAAUUGCAGUCAUCAAAAAAAAACAAAAAAUAGCCUAGCUGGCCUUAUUUGUGAAGCAUAAUUGCUUUUAACAUAUGGAAGUAUUUUUUCACAUUUUCUUUGUAUAAAAUUUGUAUUAAACUUAAAUAUCUUUUUUGACGAUGGUGUUUCUUUGCGACUGAGCCAGGAGACUCACAACACGGUAGGCUCUUUUGGGUUCCUCCCCUUCUCCCCCAGUUUCUUCAGACUCUUCACCUUUUUAAAAUUAAACUGUUUUGGAAAAAUGGCUUGGUCGUCCUCAAAUCUGCAGUUUUCCAUUGGGUCUGCACGGCCCAGUCAGGUUUUCACGGCCGAACACAGAGGCCAGGCCGUGAGUGGCCGCGCACAUCUCCACGGCGGUGGGCACAUCAGCAAUAAGGGCCCCUGGUCCAGUGCCUUGAGUGCUUUUGACCCAGAUGAGAAGCAAGGGAAAUCCUGGGUCAGUCUCGGAAAAACAGUGGGAGGGAGGGAGUUCCUCCCUGGCCAGGAUGGAGGCCUCACUCAGAGCUGAGUGGGAAGCACGAGACUUCACAUUGCCCGGCCCACCCUGGUCACUGAAAUUUCAUGUGUGAUAUAUGUAUGUAUAUAUUUCAUCCAUU